AUGACACCAGGACCCUUGGGAAAUGGAAGCAUGUCCUCCACUUUCUUGCUGAGUGGUAUCCCAGGGCUGGAACACAUGCACAUCUGGGUCUCCCUCCCCCUGUGCCUGAUGUACCUGGUUUCCAUCCUGGGUAACUGCACAGUUCUCUUCAUCAUUAAGACAGAGCCCUCACUCCACGAGCCUAUGUACCUCUUCCUGUCCAUGCUCGCUCUGACAGACCUGGGUCUCUCUCUUUGCACCCUUCCUACCGUGCUGGGCAUCUUUUGGGUGGGAGCACGAGACAUUAGUCAUGAUGCUUGCUUUGCCCAGCUUUUUUUCAUUCACUGCUUGUCCUUUUUGGAGUCCUCUGUGCUUCUCUCUAUGGCCUUUGAUCGCUUUGUGGCCAUCUGUCGCCCGCUGCAUUACGCUUCCAUUCUUACCCACACGGUAAUAGGGAGAAUAGGUCUGGCUUCUCUGGGACGUAGCGUUGCGCUCAUUUUCCCAUUGCCUUUUAUGCUCAAACGAUUCCCUUACUGUGGCUCCCUAGUUCUCUCACAUUCCUAUUGUCUCCACCAAGAAGUGAUGAAAUUGGCCUGUGCAGACAUCAAGGCAAACAGCGUCUACGGCAUGUUCGUCAUUGUUUCUACAGUGGGGGUGGACUCUCUGCUCAUCCUCUUCUCCUAUGCACUCAUCCUGCGCACUGUGCUGUCUAUUGCCUCUCGGGCGGAAAGGCUCAAAGCUCUCAAUACGUGUGUUUCACACAUCUGUGCUGUGCUUCUGUUCUACACGCCCAUGAUCGGCUUGUCUGUAAUCCACCGCUUUGGGAAGCAGGCACCCCAUCUGGUUCAGGUGGUCAUGGGCUUUGUGUAUCUUCUCUUCCCUCCUGUGAUGAACCCCAUUGUCUACAGUGUCAAAACCAAACAGAUCCGGGAUAGGGUAACCCAUGCUUUUUGUAACUAG